GUAGCCCCGACUCUCUCCUCUCCAUACUUCUCCUUGCCUCGCUAGACACACAGAGCAUUGAAUAUUUCUGAUAAAGGAGCAACUCUGACAUUUCCAAGAAGCGACACAGACCGUGGUUCCGUUAGCAACCAGCUCUAGAGAAAACCAAAACUACCAAUAGGGAUCAGACUACUGCUUGGCGUCUAUCACUAUCUCAAGUCUUUCGUCGAGACCGUUUAUUACCAACUUUUGCAAUGAGCGAAGCCGUGGCAGCAGAGGGUGAGUUUGCGUGGGGUCCGUACACAGAGCGCCUGAACGGGCUGGUGACAGCAUCGCGUGUCAACGACCGACGCGCCCUGUUUACCGCCGAUCUCAUGCCACAGAUCGCCGCGCACCCGCUCAGCGACAAGGAGCUGGUGGGGCUGGUGCGCACGCUCACACUGACGGUCUCUCGCUACGUCGACCGCGAGUCGCGCAGCCUCGUGCUGGCAGCGCUCCGGGAGCUUAGCGUCAAAAAGGCCAGCGUGUUUGUAGAGGUCAUUGUCGGCGUGCUUGGGCCGAUCGUGGCCUCGGCGCAGCCCAAGACCAGCGACUCGCCUGACAUGGUGGGGCGCGACACCGGCGGCCAAAUUCGUGCUGCUGACGUGGAUCAACCUGGCGCUGCCAGUUCCGGUCACGCAGCUGAAGAAGGAUCCGGCCGAGCUGGAGAAGAACACGGCGUGGGUGAAGCUGGUGGAGAUGGCGGCGCUUCUGAUCUGGGGCACUUCGCCGUCCAGCGCCAGCAUCAAGGACCAGAAGAUCAACUCGGUAUCGAAUAGCGCACAUCACGAUGUCUGGCGCACGCUGCGCUCAUGCCCAGUCCUGACAGCGCCGAUGCUGAGCAUCUUAACGCGCCCAGCAAGCGGCAGCGAGGCAGGUGUGCUGAUCGUAACAUUGUCGGGACAGCGAUCCGUCUGGCGGACAAGCCCGGCAAGAGUGGCGAUGGCGGUGCGGCGCUGAAGCAGGUUGAGCAGUUCAAAGACACGAUCGUUUCGUACAUUG